AUGCAUGGGGGUAGGUGCGAACAGAGAGGGGCGCCGGGAAAAGAAUGGUGUGGGCCGUGGGAGGUGAGUCUCUCUAGCAGAGGGUGGCGGUCCCGGGAACCCAGCAUCACCCGCGUGUCAACCCACCUCCCACAACUCUCACUACCGGGCUGGGUUCAUCGGGCUGUAGCGUUGCCGGCCAAGGACAUCCGCACUGGCGAGCCAUCGGCCAAGUAUGCGCGCGCAGCACCAACACAUCACGGCUCCCCUGCCUUCUCCUUUGUGGAGUAUGGAGCCAGGGAGGGCGAGGCACUCUACGGGCAGUUGAGCCUCCUCAUGAGAGCCCGCAGGAGCACGGAUCAACACGGGGCGCCUCUGCAUGCGGUGGCGUACAUCAAGCCUUGGAAGGCUGUUGGUGUUGACCAGCUCACUGGGUGUGUGAAGCUUGAGGAGCUUGGGAAUCCGGAUGCCUGCGUGGUCAUUCCUAUUGCUAACCUUCGCCGUGUUGUGCAUGUCGUCCAGUCGUUCGAUCGCGAGGGGGUGUGGCUGUUGAACAAGUGGGCGGAUGGCCUGCGUAAGGGCGGUGUUUGA